AUGGCAAAAAGUCCGGGCCGUCAACGCCAGUGGACAGUGAAGUCUCAAUGUCUAGCAAUGUCAGCACAAAUACUUUUCAGAAAGGCAGACCAGCGGGAUACUAACCGGUUUAUUUACUGGAAACCCAAGUACUCUUACCAAAGACAGAGGAAAGGUGAGCCUAUUCGGCUAACGUUUAUACUCUGUAUCGGAUAGCUUUCCGUAGCGACGUAGUGAAAAAUCUCCUAUCCGCGUACUUUUUACGCUAUUUCCAGAGGAAUUAUUGCAACGGAGAGAUGUUUCGUUCAAGGUGCUUUUUCGUGCUGUUACGGAAAGCUAGUAUUCGAUAUUGUUUUUCAUAAUGUUGAAAAAAUACUCAAUAUUUGACAAACGUAUAAGAACAUAUCGUAUAAGAACACAUAGUCAAGUUCUGUUUUCAAUAAUACAUCAUCUUCUAUAUUUCAGGACUUGACUCCAUUGAGAUCUCUGCCAGAGAUCUUGCAAUUCUUUACUGUAUAUGGAUUGGAAAGUGAUUCGAAAACCACCUCUUCAAACGAACAGCAGUUUUAUUUGGUAAAUAAAUCUGUUUUUAUAUACUGUAUAUCUGAAAAUUUACUGUAAUACUUCUAUGUUUUGUUUAUGAAAUCCAUCAUUCCUGUUUUACAUUGUUAUGUGUAUUUCAUUUUUGUUCUAGGAGGACUCGUGGACCGAAGUCGUGAAAGACUGUGAGGUAAUUCUGAAAUCCCUUGUCUGUGGAUUGCGCAUGCAGUACUGUAUUCUUACUAAAAUAAACUAAACUAACUUUUUGGUGCAGAAAGCGCGGUUUUCUCUAGAGGUUCAGUAAAAUUUGUAUGAACUAUCCUUUAUUUCUCCGGUGUUACUACAGGAGCCUGGAAACCGAAGUACCUAGAUAAAAGCGGCGAUAUUUGGUUAAGUUAAAUUGGAAACACUCUAGAAAUGCGACUGCAGGGAAUUUGUAAUGGACAUACACUCACUGUUAUGCCGCCAACAAGGGUGCUAUAUACAGCUUAUUAUAUCAGCGCCCUGUUGCCAACAACAUUUUCUAUUCGUCCUACUGUAUGUAAUGGAAUCCAGAAUCCAGAGCAUGGAAUCCAGAAUAGGAUCAGAGUAUAGGAUCCAGUGUGUUGAUGGAAUCGGGAAUCCAGAUUAACACUUAUAGCAACAUAACUUACGCGUCAUGUGGAUGGUUCGGUGCAAGCGUUGGGAGGUCUGCAGUGUUUACUAGUUUAUCAAACAUUUGCAAUUACUUGGAUUCAGGUCAAGGGGCAUGAAGGAAUUUCGAGUAUAUUGACCUGGCCAUCCGUUUGCACCUACAGUGUACCAGAUCUAUCACGCCGUGACGGAGUUACUCUGUGGAAAUUAAACGAUUCCGAAUGCCUGUUUUGGGAUGUUUGGAUUUUCCAACUUGUGUUUGAAGUAAACAGGCGACUUAUAUUCUCCUGGCAAGCUGCCCUUGGCACAGUGAGCUGGCACAUGUUAUACUGAACGUCCUUGUAGCAUGAAACCCAUCUCGAGGCUCCGCGCGCGCUGUUCCUUAGUUGUUAAUCUUGGUUAUUGCAUAACCUCGUUUUUACUCAUCUUCAGGAUCUUAGUAAAAGUGUCCGUGAUCAGCAAGAAGCUAUCUGGGAGUUACUCUCAACAGAGGUCGCAUACAUCACUAAACUUCAAGUCAUAAAAAAAGUAAGUACUUAUCACUCACUUGACACGAAAUUCGCUCGACUUACACCAGAGACGGAGUCUGGCAGAUUAACACCGCAAAAACAAACUGGAAUAUCGCCUGAAACAGAUUAUACGCUGCCUUGACCUUGCCAUGCAUGCCUGCGAAAAUCCGCUAAGUACUGGUAAGAAAGUAUUAGUUUUUUUCAUCCAAUGACGUGGAUAUCAUCUGUAGUUGCAACAAGCCUGCAGAGGAUUUGUAGCAAUGCUGUUCCAACAACUUGUCAACAGGAUGUGUUCAUAAGUUGUCAGCGGCGUUGCUACAAGGUUGUUGUCACUUGUUGAGCUCAACAGACUUGUUACAAGUUGUCAGUGACAACCUUGUAGCAACUUGAUAAAAUAACAACAUUGUUGAAACUCGUUGGCAAUCUUGCAACAAUUAAGCCUGUUGCGAUUUAACACAUCUUGUUGAGAAGUUGUGAGAUUUUUACGUGUUUAUCACACUAACUCUAGUAUAAGUCGGGCCAUUAUUUGUACAAUUUCUUGGGAAAAUAUAGUUUCUUUUUGGUCUAUUUAAUAAAUCACCAAUAAUGUUAUACAGAUAUUUAUCUUGUGCCUACGAAAUAUUCAAUACGAGGGAUACCUCACUGAGGUUGGUAUGAAAAUGAUUGUAUCAAUUAGAAAAAUCUAUUGUGGACAAUUAAACAAUAGUCGUUAAUUGAAACAUCUAAUUAGUGUCAUUAUAAACUUGCAGAUUGACCUCACAAAUUUGUUCAGUAAUAUUGAAGAAAUUUAUGCUGUGAAUGUGUCAUUCUGGUUUAGUACAUUGAAGCCUGUGAUGAAUAUGGUAGGUAUAUAUAAUAAAUCAAUAAAUGUUCUAACUCUAUAACUGAGUUAUCACGUGAUCGUUUUUGUAUUCACCAGAGUAUAAAAGCAUCCGACCCACGCUACUUCCAGCAGAGGAAGGGCCUUCACUCGAAAUGUCUUGUUACCUUACGUUACGAGAUUUUAAUCUCCUUUUUUCUUUAAUAUAUUUAGAGGGUUUAUAUAUUUCAGUCAUUUUGAAAUGAAAUAAACAUCUUCAAACGUGAGGUUUAAGCGCGGCGUAAAAUUACAAGCUGAUGUGAAUUAAGACGUUUCCAGCAAUAACCCCACCUCACUGACCUCAGGAAAGCUAGAAAGAAAUUAAAUCUACCUUUAUGUUUUGCAGGCAAGACACACUAAGAAAUUAUUAAAUCCAUUUUAUAUGGCAGACGGUUUCAAUGGUAAGUAAUAACACUUAGUGAUUAGCCAGAUUGAAUUUCAGAGUGUGUACUUACAGUUUAUUUGGUUUUGUGUUUAGUUUGACAGUCAGUUUGAACCGUAUCUGAAAUAUUGUAUGGAGGAAUCCAGUUGUACAAAAUACUUCAAACAGAAACAAUCAGAAGAUGAGCUGUUUAAAAUAUAUGUGGAGGCAAGCUGAGGGUUUGAUGAAAAUGGAAUUAUAUUUUCUUUAUUGAAUAGUUUAAAAAUUUGUCCAAUUCACCCGAGCUAGAGGCUCAUGAUAGAAGUGUUCAACAAUUAAGGAUUUAUAACUUUUGGUGUGGAAGAUAGCCUGGUGAAAAUCCCAGGGAGCACAAGAGAGAACCAACCAAACUUUCCUGACAUUUUUUAUGUUAUUUUCUCUACACAGUGGUGCGAAAGUCGUCCGGAAUGCAAACGACUAAAGCUUAGUGAUCUUCUCGUCAAACUAAUGGAAAGACUCACAAAAUAUCCGUUGUUGUUAAAAGCAAUCUUAAAGAAAACUGUGGACGAAGAUAAAAGAAAGGAAAUUACGUCAAUGGUAAGAAAAAUAUCAACGAAACAUUGUAGGAAUUUAGCCGAUAUCACAACAGAACUCUUUCUUAACCUGUAAUGAAGCAAGUCGUUCAGGUUUUGUACAUUCUCUCAACUCUGAUCUUUUCUUUAGAUCUCAACUGUGCAAAAAUUCGUGAGUAAAGUUGACGGCUGCAUGAAAAUACGACAUAAAAAAGAAAACCUGAAUAAAGCUGCGAUCAAAAUUGAAAGUUACUGGCCUGUCGAUCCUAUUAGUGAUGAAGUCGAAAAGGUACUUCAAAUGAUGUGAGAGUCUAGAGUAAAACGUGUUUUGACUAAUAGUGAAAAAUGUUUGACUAUAUUCCCAAAGGUGAUGAGUAGUUUGAGACUAAAAUAUUGAACUUUUAGAAAAUAAGUGAUGCCUUUCUUUGCAUUUGAUAAAACAUUUCAAGCUAAAGUAUCUUUUACCAGUUCAAAAUCACAUGAAGAAAAAAGGUUCUUGAUGACUAAGUGUAAAUCAAACAUGAAAGUCAAACAUCUAGCAUUUCUCACGACCAGGCUCGUGACACUGAUCUCACUCACAGUAAGCCUGCAAGAAAAAAUUAUAAGCACCCCCCACCCCACCUAUAAACUUAUUUAUUUACUUGUUACAAUUUACAACACUUGAGACACAAUGCUUAAUCCUUCCUAUAUGUGAUGAGAGGAGACUUUGUUACAACAUUUUUUGUUUGUAUUAUUUCACCUUAAAACGUUUGUUUAUUUUUCGUAGCUUCUUAUUGAUAACUAUUGUGACUUUGAUAUAACUCGUACGAUGCCUGGAGCUUGUGAGGACCAACAUCGCUGUCUUUUGUAUAAUGGACCUCUUCGUUUGAAUGAGAAACAGGGCAGAGUAAGUGAAUCUCUAUUGCUGUUGAGAUAUGGUUAGAAGAAGUUGGCCUUUCAGGACCUAAAAGAUGCUUACAAAAGUUAAUUGUAAAGAGCCCGUCGAGCCCUUUCUGGGCGCCUGCAGACAAAUACAAUUUAGAUCUGAUAAAGCUAUUAAUUAUAUCCGUUAUAAACAAAGAUAGUUUAGUUUAUUUGAUUACAAGCUUUCUUUUGUCUAACUUUAUUUUUCGUUCACUAGAUGGACAUUCACGUUUUUCUUUUCACUGAUAUGUUAUUGUUGACAAAAGCAAAGAAAAUGGACAAAUUCAAGAUUGUGAAGCCGGUCUGUUAGGACGUGUGCCUUUUCCCCCCAUUUUGCUUUAUUAAUAUUGUUUAUUUUAUUUGUUUCAGCCUCUUCGUAUUGACAAGGUGAAAGUGCAUGUUCUCAAAGAUCCAGGAACGUUUUUGUUGGUUUAUUUAAACGAAUAUCGUAUCGUCGUCUGUGCCUAUGUUCUGCACGCCCCUAAUUCCGUUGUUCAAGCAAAAUGGAUUGAAAAGAUUGAUAAAGCAAAGGUAAGAUUCUAAAUAUGUCAAUAAUUAAGCUAAAUUUAUUUGAACUGGAUAGGUCUGUCAGUUUUAAACUGUUCUUUUUCUUAGAUCAGAUUUUGCACAAGUAAAAUUCUAAGCUUUGAUGGGUUUGUAAGAAAUGUUUGAGGGAAGUGACUCACGGGCAUGUUCAACACUGAGUCAGUUUUCUCAUGCAUUUUUUACAAAUCUUGCAAAAACUUAGAAUUAAUUUACCUAAGUAUGACAAGUAUACCAAAUUCCUACUGUGAUCACAGAAACUUUGAUAGUGUAUAAAUCAGGCUUUACUGGUCCAGAAUUACUACGGCAGGAAACGUUAUUUGUGCUGCAUAGCUUUAUCAGUUCUACAUCAGUAAGCUGUUCCCCUCAGAGAUCUAAACUGACUUAGUACCACUACUGGAUAGCUCCAUUGUAAAUUGUGUUCCUUUGAGCUCAAGUAAGGGACAUCCCAUAGGAGGAAGUCCAAACUAGGAAGUCCAAGGUUUAUCCGUUAUUGCUCCAUUGUUACCAGAAGAGGAGAAAUCCUUGUGGUCUUUAGUCAACUCAAUUGCAAGUAAUCCUGAUAUUUGAGAGGAAAUUAUGAGCUGUCAUUUUUGUCCGUGUUUUCAGAACUUGUAUCGAGCUGUCUUACAAAGUGAUGGUAGCAGAUGUCUAACUGCUGAUGAUGCUGAAACUCAGUCUCCCGGGGCAACGUCAAGCCAAUCACCGACCACGAAACAUAACCGUAAUUUCUGGAAGAAUUCAAACGAAUUUCUAGACGUUCCUGUGAUGUCAUCGUCACCACGUUUACGACGUCAUUUGUCGGGCUCUGACGGAAACCUUGCAAUCGCCGGCCUUUCGGAGAGUUCUCGGGGUGUUGUUCGUAGAGCGUCGUGCAACGAACGUAAAACGAAGUCGAAACAUGAUAACGUAUAUCGUAGACCAAGAGCUGAUAGUAAGGUAACCCGAUCAACCUCUGACCCGCAUAACAAGCCUGCCCGCGAGGAUGUUCUGCACUCAGGCAGAUUAUCACGGUCCUCCUCUGUUAAACAGACAAACACGAUUACUGAAGGCGAAUUACAAAUGUUAACUGAAACAUCCGUGGAUCUCGAAAGUCCACGAUCAGCGACGAGUAUUUCCGAAGUUGACUUGACGGAAAGUGUCGAUAUGGACGAAAUCCAAAUGUCUUUAUCGCCAGAGAACGAAGUUGCUCCCGACGUCAGUCCGAAUGAGAGUGUGAUUAGUCAAGAGAAGCAUUCAUCAAACGGCGAGAAAGAAUCGGCAGAAAAACUGAAGCUUUUAUUGGCUCAAAAAUUGAGCGCUAAGGUUUCGAAGGAAGUCGGGAAGGAUGAGGAGACUUCACCUCGAGAGAACACGAAACGUAGCACGCGAAGUCACGGAGAACGAAAACGUGUCCCGCGAAGUCCGUCCGUGGACCGCGCAAAGAAACUUGGUGAACGUAGACUCGCUAUGGAUGCUGGACAUGUUGACUCCGGUGCGUCCGAUCUAAAAGACGGACGUAAGACGAAGCUUGCUCGAUCGUCUUCAGGUAAUCGACAAUUACCAGAUCCAACUCAAAUUUCUGGGAAAUCACGAAGUCUUCCCAAGACGGAAGGAAGUGAGUGUGUCGAUGCAGCUCAUUGUAAUGGUGUAGAAAUUCCUGGAAAUUUAUCUCGACUUUCUAGAAAUGACUCGAGUUCUACUUCGCCAGAUACAGUUGAGCCAUCCGAGCAUUCCAGAUCAAGUCCUGGUGCCCAGGCCCCGCCUAUUAAAGCCCCGUUGAUUGCAGGCCUACCGCUGACCAGAAACGUGAGCAACGGUACGGAUAUUUCUCGGAAACGCAAUCAACUUCCAAAGCGUUCCUCGCCUGUGUUAUCUCGGAAAUCUCCUGAUCUCAUGAGAAAGUCCAUGGAUGAUCAAUUAUUAGAACCGCGGACAUCCCCACCUCUAAGACGUGCUAAGAGCGAAGCUGAUACCGCUCUGGAAAAUUUACGCUCGAAAUCCAGACACUCCACUCAUUCUCGGAACUCUGAUAUUGCGAAAAAUUCUGAACAUUUAAAAAACGCCGACGGGAAAAAGAAUACGACAGUACAUUCUAACGAAGGAACAAUUUCUAGAAAUUCGGAAUAUUCUCGAAAUCCCGAAGGAAACCAUUCUAAGAAUUCUGAAAACUCUAGACACAGUGAUAAAACAAGGCCACGUUCUCGGAAAGCGUUAGCGGAUCAUGAUACAACACGAAGAUCGAGCGCUGGAGAUGACGCUGGUUCUAAGAAACUGAUAAAUCCUUCACAGGAUGCAAACAUUUCGAAUUCUACGAAUUCAUUAGCGCAAGAGGAUACUGGGAAUAGUGGUACUAACGCCGGGGAUAAACCCCGUAGACAGAUGAAGAAAUAUAGAGGGCACAAGAAGCUUGCUGAGGCUGAUGGGAAGGUAUCAAAUGUUGAUGGAAACUUGAGUAAACAUUUGGAACCGUUGAUGCUGGAGUCUUCGUGAGUAUUAUUUUUCUAACUUGCAUCGCGAGUAUUAUCUUUCUAACGUCCAAUGAAUUUAGCAUUCAUUGGACGAUUUAGCAUCAUACAUAAUAAUAAUAAUUAAUAUUUAAUAUUUAUAUUGCGCAAAUUAACAUGUUAUAGUAUAUGAUUAAAUGCGUAUACAGGUUACCCGAAAAGCAAUAGGUAUGUUCCAGAUUUUUAUACACCUAAGUAUUAGUGGACAUCGAAAAAUUAAUCUAAGACAUGAAUUUUGACAGUAAAAUUCAUCUUUGCGAUGCUCGCUAAUAGCUAGCUGUAUAAAAAUCUGGAACAUACCUAUUGCAUUUUUUCCGGGACACCCUGUGUAAUGGGGUUCACUAAAAAAAUUGAGCACCAGACCUAAAAUGUUUUCAUUGUUUUUGCAGGGAGUAUGUAUAGCGAGUUUGGAGUGAGACAAAAGAACGAUGGUGGUGUGUCGAUUUAUAUUUAAAGGUUAUGAAAAAUUUGUUUGCCCUAUUUAAAAGAACUUUUAAAAUUAUGAACAGAACGUUCACAGACUCCUCUGACAGAGUUAUUUACAAAAAUGACUGAAACUCGUUGGUCAGUGUUUCACCACAAACCACGGGUCACGCAAACGGGAAACGCAAAUAUUUCAAGGGGUUGUACACCCUCGUUCCCAGGCAGUCGAGAAGCCCUGGGAACAAGGGUCAGAUUGAGAAUGUUAAGAGUUCUUUCAAAACAUCAAACAAAUUUUAUUGCUAACCUAUAUAUAAACAGCAGUUACAAAAGUUACUAAUUAAUAUAAUGUGCAAAAUAUUUAUGUGUUCGUUAAUUUAUAAAUACAACAAUGGAGUGAACUUGAAAUAUAAUCGUUAGAGUAUUCAUUCGUUGUAAAUAAAACAUUUUGUAUGAUUUUUGUAAGUAAAAC